AUGGCUAACAAUGUGACAGUUACCAAAGAGGUUACUAGGCGUACCUUCACCUGCAGUUUCUUCCGUGAGGAUAUAACGCCUCUGAUUCGUUUGAGUACUUCAGUUACUGGGCAUAACUUGGAUGAGUUCAGGAAGACAUAUGGCCAUAUCUUACACAUGUUAACUUCUCGGGUUGAUGAAUGGGCUCUAUACACACUUCUUCAGUUCUACGAUCCUGAGUUACGAUGUUUCACCUUUCUUGAUUACCAACUGGCACCAACCCUUGAAGAAUAUGCUGACAUCCUCAAGAUUAAGGUUCAACAUAGGAUCCCUUUUCCUAAUGGUGGAACCCACGGAUUCUAUGUUAAAUUUCUGAUGAGAAAAGCUGAUGCCCUUGUUAUUGGGAAGAAAUGGAAGGAAUUCAAUGCUCUCUUAGCUGUUAUGAUCUAUGGUUUGGUGUUGUUCCCGAAUAUCCCGAAUUUCGUCGACCUCACUGCCAUUUGCCUCUUUAUGGAUCAAAACCCCGUGCCUACUCUCUUGGCGGAUACUUAUUAUGCUGUUCAUUCCAGGUAUGGGACGAAGGGAGCAGUUGGAGGCUGUUUACCGUUGUUAUACGAGUGGUUCACUUCACACUUGCCUAAAAGUGGACCGUUUGUCACAACAAGGGACUCACAGAAAUGGCCUCAAAGGAUCAUGGGGCUUACGGCAAAUGACAUCGUUUGGUAUCACCUUGGAAAGGGGAUAGAGGAGGUUAUUACUAGAUGUGGUAGUUUUGGCAACGUUCCCCUCAUAGGAACAAAAGGAGUUAUCAAUUACAAUCCGAGGCUAGCGCUGCGCCAGUUAGGUUUUGCGCUAAAGGACAAGCCAUUAGACAAAGAAAUAUUUGAAUCUGUUUGCUUUGAGAAAGGGGCUGAUCCAGUGGGUCUAGAAAAAGUGAGAGCGCCUGGAAUAGUAUUCAUACAGAUGACCGAACUUCCUUAG